AUGAAAGGCCUCGUCUACACGGGUACCAAUCAAUAUGAAGUCCGAGACUGCGCCUUGCCUGAAAUUCAAUCACCCACAGAUGCGAUUGUUCAGAUGAACCACACAAGCAUAUGUGGGACAGACCUGCAUAUUCUUAAAGGUGAUGUGCCAACAGUCGAGCCAGGUCGGAUUCUUGGCCAUGAAGGGGUUGGGGCUAUUGUCUCAGUGGGUUCGGCCGUCACCGAUUUCUUCGUCGGUGAUAAUGUUCUAAUCUCGUGUAUUACUUCCUGUGGUACGUGUGCACCAUGCAGGAAGGGUAUGAACUCACAUUGCGCGACUGGAGGAUGGGUACUUGGAAACGUGAUUGAUGGCACGCAGGCGGAGUACGUGCGGAUUCCGCAUGCGAUCAAUUCACUAUACAAGCUACCUGGAAAUAUUGAUCCUGCAGAGAUGGCCGGUUUUUCCGAUGCAUUUCCGACGGGAAUGGAAUGCGGGACGCUGAAUGCUGAUGUUCAGCCUGGUAAAUCUGUGGCAAUUGUGGGAGCUGGUCCGGUUGGUCUUGCUGCAAUGCUCACAUCUAAGUUAUAUUCGCCUUAUCCUAUCGUUGUGCUUGACAAGGAAGAUAAAAGGCUCGAACUAGCCAGAAAGCUUGGUGCCGACCAGGUUAUUAACGUGGACGCGUUCAACGCUAUGGAAGAGCUCGACUCGGUUGUCGACGGAAAAGGCUUCGAUUGUGUUAUGGAAGCUGUCGGAACACCAGCAAGCUUCGAUCUAUGCCAAAAAUUAGUGGCCCCAGGGGGUUCUUUGGCAAAUCUUGGGGUUCACGGCCAAAAGGCAACUCUUGACCUUGACCACCUCUGGGAUCACAAUAUUAGUAUCAAAACUCGGUUGGUCGACACAGUCACUAUCCCGACACUUCUCCGGCUUUUCCAAGCGGGCCGCUUCCAAUCAACAUUACUCACGCACCGCUAUCAAUUCCAAGAUAUUUUGAAGGCUUAUCAAGCAUUCCAAACGGCUCCCCAAAAGGGUAUCUUGAAGGUCGGAAUUUCUUUCUGA